AUGAAAGCGAUCCGUCGCCCAUACGGAGAAGCACUUGAUGAAGAGCGACCCGUCGCCACUAGGGUAACAGCGCUAGAUGAAGAGCGAUCCGUCGCCAAUACGGGGACAGCGCUUGAUGAAGAGCGAUCCGUCGCCAAUACGGGGACAGCGCUUGAUGAAGAGCGAUCCGUCGCCAAUACGGGAGCAGCGCUUGAUGAAGAGCGAUCCGUCGCCAAUACGGGGACAGCUCUUGAUGAAGAGCGACCCGUCGCCAAUACGGGGACACCGCUUGAUGAAGAGCGAUCCGUCGCCAAUACGGGGACAGCACUUGAUGAAGAGCGAUCCGUCGCCAAUACGGGGACAGCGCUUGAUGAAGAGCGAUCCGUCGCCACUACGGGGACAGCGCUUGAUGAAGAGCGAUCCGUCGCCAAUACGGGGACAGCACUUGAUGAAGAGCGAUCCGUCGCCAAUACGGGGACAGCGCUUGAUGAAGAGCGAUCCGUCGCCAAUACGGGGACAGCGCUUGAUGAAGAGCGAUCCGUCGCCAAUACGGGGAAUCAGCGCUUGAUGAAGAGCGAUCCGUCGCCAAUACGGGGACAGCGCUUGAUGAAGAGCGAUCCGUCGCCAAUACGGGGACAGCGCUUGAUGAAGAGCGAUCCGUCGCCAAUACGGGGACAGCACUUGAUGAAGAGCGAUCCGUCGCCAAUACGGGGACAGCGCUUGAUGAAGAGCGAUCCGUCGCCACUACGGGGACAGCGCUUGAUGAAGAGCGAUCCGUCGCCAAUACGGGGACAGCGCUUGAUGAAGAAGCGAUCCGUCGCCAAUACGGGGACAGCGCUUGAUGAAGAGCGAUCCGUCGCCAAUACGGGGACAGCGCUUGAUAGAAGAGCGAUCCGUCGCCAAUACAGAGAGGAACAGCGCUUGAUGAAGAGCGAUCCGUCGCCACUACGGGAGAACAGCGCUUGA